GGGUGACGCGCACCGGAACGAACCGAUCUCGGGCGGUCUCUCCACUUCCUUCGAUCGGAUCUCGGAAUCAGUUCUUCGGAAUCGACGUCGAUUUGGGUGGUUCUUGGUUCUCAGGGUGGAUCUGAUUCAGACUGGGGAUAGGGAGGAGAAGACGGUGAAGAUGGCGCACCGAGUGGACCACGAGUACGAUUACCUCUUCAAGAUCGUCCUCAUUGGCGAUUCCGGCGUGGGGAAAUCCAACAUCCUCUCCAGGUUCACCCGCAAUGAGUUCUGCUUGGAUUCCAAGUCCACCAUUGGCGUCGAAUUCGCCACCAAGACCAUUCAGAUAGAGGGGAAGACGAUCAAGGCACAGAUUUGGGACACUGCUGGUCAAGAGAGGUACCGUGCCAUAACCAGUGCGUACUACAGGGGUGCUGUAGGAGCACUCCUUGUCUAUGAUAUAACAAAGCAGAAAACUUUCGACAAUGUCCAGAGGUGGCUUCGCGAACUCAGAGAUCAUGCUGAUUCCAACAUCGUCAUCAUGAUGGCUGGUAACAAGUCAGAUUUAAGUCACCUAAGAGCAGUUUCGGAGGAUGACGGCCAGGUAUUCGCUGAGAAAGAGGGGCUUUCAUUCUUGGAGACUUCGGCACUAGAAUCACUCAAUGUCGAGAAGGCGUUCCAAACGAUUCUUAUGGAGAUUUAUCACAUAAUAAACAAAAAGGCCCUUGCAGCCAAAGAGGCUGCAAGAACUGCAGGACCCAUAGCUCAAGGGACAAACAUCAAUGUAUCUGAUCCAGCUGGAGGCUCAAAGACUGCUUGUUGUUCGAGAUAGAUGAUUGUCUUUUUGGAGAGUGCUUUAAACACAAAACUUGUUCGGUUCUGAGGGUCUUUAGAAUGAAAAUUAUUUGUUGAUUAUUUUUCUACUCUUCAUGUGUGAUUUGGAGAUAGUGAAAUUAGAUUUAAAGAUGGGGGCGACAUGUGGUAGUGUGCAAAUUGUAAUUUUCUUGUUAUAACUUAAAUCUCCCUUUGUGAAGGACCCAAAAAAUUAAAGCUGUGGUUCCAUUUCUGUA